AUGAAAUUAUCUUCUAAACCUGAAGUAUAUCGUCAAGAAAUUUCAUAUUAUAAACUCGAAAUUGAAAAUUGUCAUCAGCUUAAUGUAAGCCAAGAACCUUCACUUGUAAGAAAUUAUUAA